AUGUCGACUUUAGCCGCUCCUUUAUCCGUCGCCGGAACCAGACACUCAGGAGCCCCAGUGCGAACUCAAAAUGUAAUGGCGGCAGCUGCUAUAGCAAAUAUAGUAAAAAGUUCCCUGGGUCCUGUUGGAUUGGACAAGAUGCUCGUGGAUGAUAUUGGAGAUGUAACCGUUACUAAUGAUGGUGCUACUAUCCUUAAGAUGUUAGAAGUUGAACAUCCAGCAGCUAGAGUUCUUGUGGAAUUAGCUCAGUUGCAAGAUGAGGAAGUGGGGGAUGGAACGACCUCAGUUGUUAUUAUUGCCGCUGAGUUGCUUAAGAAUGCAGAUGAAUUAGUAAAAAACAAAAUUCAUCCAACAAGUGUUAUUUCUGGGUACCGUCUUGCCUGUAAAGAAGCCGUUAAGUACAUUCAAGACAACCUAACUGUAACAGUUGAGUCUUUAGGAAGACCAUCACUGAUAAAUGCGGCCAAAACAACUAUGUCUUCUAAACUUAUUGGAGCUGAUGCGGAAUUCUUUUCUGAAAUGGUAGUUGAUGCAACUCAGGCUGUCAAGACAUUGGAUCCUAAAGGCAACCCCAUAUACCCCAUCAAAGCCGUUAACAUUCUCAAGGCCCACGGCCGCAGCGCCCGCGAGAGUGUUCUCGUUAAGGGAUACGCACUGAACUGCACUAUUGCCUCUCAAGCUAUGCCUAAGAAGAUUCUGAAUGCUAAAAUCGCUUGUCUUGACUUUUCUCUACAGAAGACUAAGAUGAAAAUGGGAGUUCAGGUACUUGUCUCAGACCCCGAAAAGCUUGAAGCUAUUCGAGCACGUGAAUUAGACAUUACCAAGGAGCGUCUUCAAAAAAUUCUAGCUACUGGAGUGAAUGUCAUCCUCUGUAGUGGUGGAAUUGAUGAUUUAUGCCUGAAAUACUUUGUAGAAGCUGGUGCUAUGGGUGUUAGACGUUGUAAGAAGGCAGAUUUAAAGAGGAUUGCUAAGGCAACUGGAGCUGCCUUCCUUACAUCUUUAACUAACAUGGAAGGUGAGGAAGUCUUUGAGGCAAGUAUGAUUGGUGAAGCUGCAGAAGUUGUGCAAGAACAGAUUUGUGAUGAUCAACUAAUCUUAAUAAAGGGCCCAGUCGCUCGUACAGCCGCUUCCAUAAUCCUUCGUGGCCCAACUGACGCAUACUGCGAUGAAAUGGAACGGUCAGCCCACGACGCAUUAUGUGCAGUACGUCGGGUCUUAGAGUCUGGGCGCUUGGUGCCAGGUGGUGGAGCUGUAGAGGCGGCGCUUUCUAUUUAUCUGGACAACUUCGCUACAACGCUUAGCUCACGCGAACAGUUAGCCAUAGCUGCCUUUGCCCAGUCACUGCUUGUAAUUCCGAAGACACUUGCUGUAAAUGCAGCUAGGGAUGCAACAGAUCUUGUGGCUAAGCUUAGGGCCUACCACAAUUCAUCACAGACUAAGGUUGAACAUGCAAAUCUCAAAUGGGUUGGCUUGGACCUCACAGAGGGCGCAUUACGAGACAAUCUUGCUGCCGGCGUUCUCGAACCAGCUAUAUCCAAGAUAAAGUCCCUCAAAUUCGCCACUGAAGCCGCGAUCACCAUUCUGCGUAUUGAUGACAUGAUUAAGUUAGAUCCAGAACAGAAGGGCAAAUCCUACGAAGAUGCAUGUAACGCUGGGGAAUUAGACUAA